AUGCCAUUCCAGAUCAAAGACAGCACCGAGCGCUUCAAGAUCCCCAACUAUCGCGGUAUACCGAAUGUAUACUUCGCGGACCUUCUAGGAACUGAAGACACCGAUGUCUCCAAUCCUAUUGUUGGGGCAUGGUUCCGUAUGGAGAAGGGUGAAGAGGCCACGCCCCCGACAUAUGAAUAUGAUGAGUUUGGCGUUGUUAUUGAGGGGGAGAUAAACCUUCGAGAUGAGACUGGUGAGACGGCAACAGUUCGAGCGGGACAUGUAUUCUUUUUCCCACGAGGAAGCACAAUUACCUUUUCGUCUGAUAGUUAUGGGUUGGCUGUAAACCCGUGA